AUGUCGUUUGCUGCAGCGCAGAGGUCUGUCCGUAUUCAGAGGUCUGCUGAUGACUGGCUGCAGAUAAGGAUGCCAUGGGUAGAGAUGGGAAGAGGUGAGAUCAUCGAGGAUGUGGUGGGUGUUUGCACUGUUUGGUCGUUCAGCGGAGGAGUCAACGUCAUCCUCCUUCCCUUCUCUCUCUCUCUCUCCUCUACUCCUGACUCUAUGUCUCCUGCUCUCAUCGUCACCCUAGGAUAUGGCAUUGCAUCGAGCAGUAUACUUCAAGCCAUUUUACAUGUUGAAGCCAGCUGGAAGCACUCCAAGGCAACUGCGACGGCUCGAACUAGACUGUCUUCCUUCGCCACGACUAUGCCAUAUGACUAUACGCCUGAGACAAUACUGGAGAACUCCUCACGGACAGGCUCGGUCGCCCUAUGCAAGGCAGGGUGGCGUUGGCUCAACUUGCCAGUGCGAGUAGGCCAAGAGCUGAAGGCUGUAAAUCAUUCGGAGCUCUUUACAAUGGCAAAUCACGGCUGUCGUGAACCCAUGAACCCAUGGAGGCAAAUUGAAGCAGUUGACUGGGUGGCUCUGGUGAACCCGGAGACCCCCGUAGAAGCAGGAUACUCGGCACACGAGUUGCCUUUCUGUAUCACAUCAUAUUCUGUGAUUGGUCAUAUCCCGCUUACUGGACGCCUGAAACUGAUUGGAGCUCAGCCUUCUGUGUGGAUAGUGGUGAUUGGAUGGUCUCUCGAGAUUGACUCUACCUCAAGUGACCCCAGGGUGCCCGGAUUGGCAUCGUCUGAGCACGAACUACAGCAAUCUCUUGCCAUU